AUGAAGACAAUUAGUUUUAGCGCCAUGAAGGUGGUGACACCUGCACUUUUCGAAAGGUACAUUAGUUUCAAGGCGCGCACGCGCCGUACUGUUAUCGCCAGUUUUUUUUUAGCCUCUACCGGUGCAACUGCGAAUACAGAUUCCAGCGCCGUCGAUUGCCUGGCCAUUAAUGAGCAUCAGGCACGGCUUGCCUGUUACGAUCGGUUGCACGGUCGCAGCAUUGAGCCUGAGCUGCAACAAGCGGCGCAGGAGCGCGGCAAAUCUGCAACAGAAACGCCGAUAACCGGAGAAUCGGUUGAAGAUAAUCCGCCGACAUCCGCUUCAGCACACCAACUAGGCGCGGAACAAUUGAGAAAACCCCUGCCCACAUCCCCAAGCCGCCCGGUGGAACUGGUGACCAACCUCCAGGCGAUGGGCAAAAGUAUAACAGGGCGACACUGGUUUCGUCUGGCCAACGGGCAGCUCUGGGAGCAGGUUUCAGCCGGACGCACGACCCUGCGGGAAGGUGAUCGUAUUCGAAUAUCAAAGGGCUUGCUGGCUACAUAUCAUUUGCGUCGGGUGGAUGGCGGGGAUUCACAGAUCAUCGAGGAAAUCGUUGUAACCGGCUCCCUGAUCAAACGGGACAGCUUCGACUCCGCGUCUCCGUUGACCGUCGUCGAUUCGGAGGAAAUCUCUGACAAUGCAACUCCUAACCUCGGCGAAGUACUUGUCAAUCAAACAUUCAACUAUGGAUCCGACUUUCAGACGAACACAUACGCCGCACGGUCUCAGGUCGGCACGACAACCGCGGCAAAUCUGCGAGGACUCGGCGAGCGGGCCACGCUCAACCUGCUGGACGGGAAAAGAGGCGUCGGCACAAACCUCAACAGCACGCUGCCACAGAUCGCAAUUGACCGGAUCGACAUUCUCAAGGUAUCCAUCUUCCAGCAGCAGGAUUCCGACAACGACAUUGACGAGGAUAUGUUCGAGUUCAUUUUUGGCAGCGAGAUGGACAAAGGCCAUUUCAUGUUUGCCGGGUCAUACAGCGAGCGAAGUACAUUGGAGCAGACUGAGCGUCCCGAGUAUCUCCGGAGAGGCUUUGAGAUGUCCGCCACGGGUAACCCCGGAAGGUGGCGGGUACCUACGCGUGAUGCGACCGGUGCCAUCGUUGGCGCCGCCAACCUUCGCGACCCAGGUUGCGGAGUAGCAACGGACAUCGGUCCCGGCGGCACGGACGUAGGCACAAAAGGCAACUACCUGACCGGGGAUCCACGAUCUGCGACUGAAUAUGCACUGGGUCUACCAGCCGGCAUCACCGGCUCGACCGACUGCAGUUUCCACUUCGGCGAGACCUGGAACUAUAUCAACCCGCAAGAAAAAUUAAGCACCUAUCUCAACUUCCAGUACGAUUUCAGUGACCAUGUGAGCAACGAGUUCGAGCUGGUCUUCGCCCGCCUGACCUCGGACAGCCGAGGUUCACCACAGAACCCAGGCGGUCGUACUGAGGAGUUUCCCAUCGUACUGGGUGAUCACCCCGGCAACCCUUUCCGGGCUCUGACGUCGGACGGCACACCCCUCUAUGCUCAGGAUGCAGAUGCAGACGGUGUGCCCGAUCGCGGCACCGUGGAUGCGAACGGUGAUGGGGUAAUGGACGUCAUCGUCGCCGGAAUCGAUCCAACAUCCGGCAUUCCCUUUAACGAAGAUGUGGACGUCAUUGCAUUGCGGAUCUUUAGCAAGAUCGGACUAGUACCGGGUGCCAACCAACCCUCCUCACUCAACGACGACGGCUCGAAUACGGGUAAUGCAUCGUUCGAUGCCUGGAGCUUUCGAGCUGCCGAUACCCUGACAGUGGACAUUCCGAAUACCUCCUGGCAGGUGGCGACAACCGCCAUCGCCUCCCGGGGUCAUGUCGUUCUGGAAGAGAAAAAUACCAGCCAGAACGCACUCGAAGCAGGUUUGCGGGGAGUACUGGUCGACGUUCCAGAAUCCGAUCCCGGAUUCACGGGCCCACAAUACUGGAACCCGUUCUCGACUCAAGCGCUCGACUGCGUAAACCGGGUUUGCGAGCACACCGGUAUACCCGGGUUCGCCAACACCGUCAGUGUGCUGGACGCGGUGAAUAUUCAGUCUCACGAGAUUACAGAUAACGAGUUCUGGUCGUUGGAGACGAUCGCCACUGGUGAGCUCUUCGAGUUACCCGCAGGCAAUGUUCUUGCAGCGUUCGGCGCGGCGUUUCGGGAAGAAAAUCAGGAAGUGGAUGCCAGUGCGGCACGGAAUCAAUGCGAUUGGCAUGAAGGUGGCUGCGCCUUCGACUGGAAGGCCAACCAGAACGUCACGUCGGCGUUCUUCGAGCUUUCCAUCCCUGUGAUCGAGAGGCUGGAAGUGACGGUCGCCGGCCGCUACUCAGACUAUAGUGGUACUGUCGGCGAUUCGUUCGAUCCGAAGAUCGCAGGUCUCUGGCAACCUACCGACUGGUUGUCCAUGCGAGCUUCCUGGGGCACAGCCUUCAUUGCACCGACGAUCGAGCAGCAGUUUUCCACCGAGGUGUGCGGGCUGGAGACUAUGUCGGAUCCGCUGACCGGCGACAUCUCGGCAUCGUUCCGCGUGGCUUGCGUGACCGGUAAUCCGAAUCUGGCACCGGAAGAAGCGGAUACAUUCAACAUCGGCUUCUCUUUGAACCUGCUCGAUGGUGACCUCACGCUGGGUCUGGACUACGCCAACUACCAGUUCGAGGACAGGAUUUCCGUGGAGACCGGCAACAAUGUGUUGCGCGGAAACUUUGCGUCAUUCCUGGCCGCCGGUAACGAUCCGGCCAGCCAGACAGACAUCACAAACUGGAUUGCGAACAACGAAUCCGGUAUUUUUCGGGAUACCACGGGCGUAGUAACCCGCGUGAUCGUGGACCGGUUGAACGCCCAGGAGAUGGAGCACACCGCGUGGGACAUCUACGCGUCAUACAACUUACCCUUGGAUAGAAUUGGCAACUUCACGUUCGGACUGGCCGCCACCUGGGCUGAGGAGUACACCUUCGACCUGGGCACGGGUGAUCCCCUGGACAGCGGCGAUGGUGUCGGCAAACAGAACGAACAGGUUGCCGCAAUUCCACCGCUGCCCGAAUGGCGUGUGAACGGAACCGUCAACUGGUUCCUGGGCAACCAUUCUGCCCGUGUUCGUGUCCGCUGGAUCGACGAGUUCGAGCUUGAGUUCAACUCCGUGGGUCUGCAGACGCUUCAUGGACUGCGGGGUGGUGCCGAAAACGUAGACGACAUUACUUAUGUCGAUCUCAACUACAAGUAUACGUUCGAGGAACUGUUCGGCGUCGGUUCGACUACGCUCGAAGUCGGGGCUAACAACGUGUUCGAUGAACUCCCCGAGCCAUUCUUCAACCUUGGCGGUAUCGAGACAUUCGUCCACGAUGUCAGAGGACGUAUGUGGGGCGGGAUUGCACCGCCCCUCCUCCUAUCCGGCCUCAUGAGUAAGCUUCACCAAAUCACCGUCGUCGCAGUUCUCAUUGCGUCCAGCGCCGCCGGUUUUGCCGCACCCGAGCUUUCCGAAUGUGUAAAGAUCGAAGCCCCAUCCCAGAGGCUUCUCUGCUAUGACCAGUACGCUGGUCGAUCGAGCAAAGCAGUCGCGUUCCCGGCGCAAACCCCAACGGGCAAACCUGAGGCUGUACUCCCGCCCUCCGAAUCUCAACCUGCACGUGCAGAUCGCACUGUCCGUUCGGACGACGAUUUCGAGACAGAUACGGUCACCGAUGCGGCCAGUUUCGGGCUUCGAAAGGAGCGCGAGUGGGUUUCAAAAUCAGACUACACAACCGCAAAGAUUGUCAGCACUCAAUCUUCGCCUAGCGGUGCGCAGAUCAUGUCUUUGUCCAACGGGCAAAUCUGGAUCGAGAAUGAAAAAGGUCGUCGGCCUAUCGAGCUACAUCAGACUGUCACGAUCCGACGGCAGCGCUUCCACUACAAGAUGGUACUGGAAUCCCAGCCGGACGCCGUACCACUGCGCCACAUUGUCGUGACAUACCCAGUCGCGUUCCUGAUCGGAUCCAAUAUGCACUAUGACAUUAAAAUCACCGGUGGCACUAUCCUUGACGGUAGCGGUGAUGCUGGCUACAUCGGUGAAGUGGGUAUCAAAGAUGGGAAAGUAGUUGCGCUCGGUGACGCGCCCGGUAAAGCCUCUAAAAACAUAGACGCAACCGGCAAGUACGUCACCCCGGGGUUCGUCGAUAUACACACGCACUACGAUGCACAAAUCAUGUGGGAUAAAAUGCUGAGUAUCUCACCCUGGCAUGGUGUGACGACAGUGGUUAUGGGCAAUUGUGGUUUCGGAAUAGCGCCGACGAGGCCCGAGCACCGCUUGUUGAUCGCCGAAACAUUGGAAAACGUAGAAGGCAUGAGUGUAGAGGCACUCAAAGCCGGCCUCGGCGAAGACUGGGGUUUCGAGAGCUUUCCGGAAUAUCUUGAUGCUAUCGAACAGGGCGGCACUGCCAUUAACGUCGGUGUUCUGCUUGGGCACACAGCUUUGCGCAUGUAUGUCAUGGGUGAAGACUCGACCGAACGAGAAGCUACAAGUUCGGAAAUUGGAGAAAUGCAGCAACUGGUAUCUGAAGCUAUCGAGGCCGGUGCGAUCGGGUUUGCAACCUCCAAAGCACGAACUCACGUGGGCUAUCGCGGGAAACCCGUACCCAGCCGACUGGCAGGUGUGGGAGAACUGAAAGCGCUGACCGGCGUAUUGGGUGAGGCUCAGAAAGGCAUGAUUCAAGCGACGAUCGGCAAAGGCAUGUCGUUCCAGGAAUUUGCUGAUAUUACAGAAAAUACAGGACGACGUAUCAGCUGGACGGCGCUGCUUACCGGCUUUCAGGGGACUGCAUCUUACAAAGACCAGCUACGUAAAUCAGAGGAGCUCAUUGCAACGGGACAUGACGUUGUGCCACAAGUCACUUGCCGACCUUUGAACUUUGAGUUCAACUUCAGGGCGCCAUUUGUUUUCGAAAGCGCAAGAAUUUUCCAGGAAGUGUCCGAGGCUGACUAUGAAGGCCGUAAAGCCAUCUACGCAAGCACCACCUUCCGCGACAAAUUCAGACAGCUACUCGCCAAGCCUGGGAACAGCCUGGGCGCAGGAUUUGCACAAGCGAUGGUCUCUAAUUGCCAAAGUGAUAGCAGCGUCAAUGAGCGAAUGCUGUGCGACAUCGCCGAGGAACAAUCUAAAGACAUUGUUGAUACUGCACUGGAUUUAUCGCUGGCAAAUCAACUGCAAGUGCGCUUCCGCGUUGCAGUUGCCAAUAGCAAUGAAGACGAAGUUCAAGAACUCCUCGACCACCCAAGCACGGUCCUCGGAUUAUCCGAUGCUGGCGCACACGCAAGCCAGCUAUGCGAUGCCUGCUUCUCAACUCACUUGUUAGGGCACUGGGUAAGGGAUAAAGGCACUAUUCCAAUCGAACGAGCGAUACGCAUGUUGACUUCACGGCCCGCUGAAGUCUUCGGCAUAACGGAUAGAGGUACUUUAGAGACAGGCAAACCAGCUGAUGUCGUCGUGUUUGACCUGGCAAACGUAGGUGCCAGCCCCCUUGAACGCGUCUACGACCUGCCCGCAGGCCAGGACCGACUGAUCUCAAAAGCGAAGGGCAUAAGCUCAGUGAUCGUCAAUGGUGUGCUGCUGCGUGAAGACAACAUUGACCAGAUCGACCUUGCCAAAGACCAAUUGCCUGGUCGGCUACUGCGAAAUGGCAUUUGCCAUAGCGACCUGCACUUCGUCGAGGGCAUAUUUCCGUUUCGAGCACCAGCCAUACUUGGACACGAGUCAGCUGGUAUCGUUGAAGAAAUCGGAUCAGAGGUUGAAUACGUCAAGCCUGGCGAUCAUGUCAUUACCUGUCUGUCGGUAUUCUGUGGUCACUGCAACCACUGUUUAUCCGGCUUUCCAAAUCGCUGCGGCGGGCGCGCCACAGCACGCAAGAAAGGCGACCAGCCACGCCUUUCUAUGAACGGUGAACCUGUUGCACAGUUUGCACACUUAUCAUCUUAUGCCGAGGCAAUGUUAGUUCACGAAAACGCAGUUGUGAAAAUUCGCGAAGAUAUGCCGCUGGAUCGUGCAGCAUUGAUCGGUUGUGGCGUUACCACGGGCACCGGCGCGGCACUGCGUACGGCUAAUGUAGAGGCAGGCUCUACCGUUGCAGUAAUUGGAUGCGGUGGUGUAGGUCUCAGCGCGAUUAAUGGCGCUGCGAUUGCCGGCGCCGGCCGCAUAAUCGCUAUAGAUCAAAUUGACUCGAAACUUGAGUUGGCCCGGGAGUUUGGCGCGACCGAUAUAGUGAAUGCCAGUGAAGGGGACUCCGUAGAACAAGUUAAAGAAAUGACCCAGGGAGGCGUCGACUACUCUUUUGAAGCGAUCGGGCUUAAACAAACCUGCGAACAAGCGUGGCAGAUGUUGGCGACCGGUGGCACUGCGACAGUAAUCGGCAUGGUUCCCAAUGGUCAAUCCAUCGAAGUACCAGGCAUGGAUUUGUUGCAAGAGAAAAAACUUCAGGGUUCAAUGAUGGGCUCCAAUCGCUUUCGUAUUGACAUGCCACGUUACGUGGAUUUUUACAUGUCAGGAAAACUCAAGCUUGACCCCCUCAUCUCUCGCCGCAUUCCUUUGUCAGAGAUCAAUGAAGGUAUGCAGGCACUGAAGACGGGUGAGGUAGCCCGUCAGAUAGCAGGUUGUGAGUUUGAACACAAGAUAGCUAUCGAAUUAAGAAAAAUUGGAAAGAGGACGUGUUACAUGAAUGACAAAGAUAAAUUGAAGUUAGCAAGGGCAAUUACCGAUCAACUGCCCGCACCAGACGAAAUACGCGACGAUUGGGGCAAGCUCAUCAUCGACACGGUCUUACCAGAAGGCGUUUGGUCUCGCCCCGGCUUGCCAGAGCGAGACCGAAGUUUAAUCACCGUAGCCGCCUUGUGUGCGUUACAUCGUCCCAACGAACUCCGCCUGCACAUCGGUCGCGCACUGGACAAUGGACUUACUCGACAGGAAGUCAGCGAAGUCAUCAUGCACAUGGCUAUCUACGGUGGAUUCCCGGUAGCGGUAGAGGGUAUGGCGGUUGCCAAAGAGGUUUUCGAUAAGUUGAACACCCUGGAAGUCCAGCGCUAUAAACUGACAAACCUGAGCAAAGUUAGUAAACGGCAGCGCGAUGGUGGCAUCGCUGAUCACCGCAUCCUGCCCGGCCACAAAUUCAAUUCCCGUACCCAGUUUUGGCUCAAUGUGGUUCCUACUGGUGCCUAUUUCUUUGUUCGGAUCUGCCUCAUCUAUACGUGGCGCCGGAUUCAGCAAGCCGCGCCAGACGUCUUCACAAUCCAUAUCACGACCGGCAGCGUGAUAGCUUUGUAUGCCGCUGCGCAAACUGCCUGCCAGAGCUUCCAUCUUCGCCGCAAAAGCCUCGUCGCUGAUGUUAAUGAACCGCGGCAACAGCGUGGCAACCAGAAUACCGAGCAGCACAAGGUUGCUUCUGCUGAAGAAGUGAUCGAAGAAAUUGUUGUAACGGGUUCAUUUAUCCGUGGUACACCUGAAGAUGCGGCUCUGCCCGUCGACGUGACGACCCGCGAUGACUUACAGGAUGUUGGUAACCCAACCAUAACGGAAUUAGUCCGAAAUCUGGGUAUUUCCAACGGUAACCUCGGCGAAACCAACCAGUUCAACUCGUCUGGCGGACAGGGUAACGAGGGUGUGGCCACUAUCAACCUGCGCGGCCUGGGUUCUGCCCGCUCCCUGGUGUUGAUCAACGGAAGACGCCACGUUUCUGUCUCUACUAUCGGUGUAGACAUCAGUGCAGUACCCAGCAUUGCCAUUGAGCGUAUGGAGGUUCUGAAAGAUGGUGCCGCGGCACUGUACGGUUCAGACGCCAUUGCUGGUGUUGUGAACUUCAUUACCCGAGAAAACUUCGAAGGUUUUGAAAUUCGCGGUUCUGGUCAGUUUCUGGAUGAAAGUGACGGUGAGUUCAACGCCUCAGCGAUCUGGGGUAUGAAUACAGGCCGUGCUAGAUUCAUGGCAGCAGCAGAAUGGGACAGCCGCUCUAAAGUGGGUAUUUCUGAUCGUGACUGGGCUGUCCCGACACGCGCCGCAAAUCCACAAGCUGGCUAUUCGAGCAUCGGCAAUCCAGGGCGACUGUUCCCGAUUUCACCAUCGGCCGUCUCCGCAGCUAACCCUGCUGGAUCUGUACCAACAAUCGACCCUGAGUGUGAAACCCUGGGUGGUACUGCAAGCGGUUCAACGUGUUUCUUCCAGUUCACUCAAUUCGAUAAUCUGAUUGAAGAACAGGACACCUACAAGUUAUUCACUGAAUUCAACUACGACAUCAGCGAUGAUGUUGAAUUCCAUAUUGAAGCCUUGUACUCAAAAAUGGAUAUGCUGGACUGGAACACCUCUCCUUCUUAUCCACCGCAGUCUCUGUUUGGUCCUGACCGACUGGUACCCUUGGAUAGCCCUGGUGUACUUGACCUGCAAGCGACCUAUCCCGGCAUUCUUCCGGCAGAUACAGCUGCCCUUUAUACCAUCACACGUAUGACGGGUUGGGGUGGCUUCUUAGGUGAUGCCGCGGAUGGCUCUCGCGAGACUGAUACCUAUCGCGUCUCCACCGGUUUGAAUGGCGAAUUGUUUGAAGGCGCCCUUGGCCUUGAUGUCGCGGUGAGUUGGUCCAAGCGCGAUCGUCGUGUAGUGACCCCUGAUAUGUUUGUCGAGCGCAUGGCGCAGGCACUGAACGGCCUAGGCGGCCCUAGCUGUGAUCCGGCAAAUGACGCUCCGGGAACGGGUGGUUGUAUGUAUUACACACCUUUCUCCAAUGCUGUAGCACGAUCUGCGACCACUGGCGCAAUCAACCCAAAUGCCAAUCCUGACCUGGUGGCUAUGAACGAAGCACUGUUCCCAUGGAUGGUCGCCGACAACGGCACGGACAGUACCUUCGAACUACUGGUGUUUGAUGCCACCUUUAAUGGUGAAACGGGCAUUCAACUCGGCGGUGGUAAUGUGGGUUGGGCAGCGGGUAUUCAAACCCGAAACGAGCAAUAUGACUUGCGUCCCGAUGCCAUCAAUAAUCUUGACAUCAACCCCUGCCCUUUCCGUGAGCAAUCGUCGUUAGAUGCCGGCUACACACCUACACUGGGUUGUGAUGCACCCAUUGGUUUGUUUGCGUUCCUAUCAGGCACCGCACCCGCCUCAACAGAACGAACCGUGUACGGCGGCUUCUUUGAGUUGGCGCUACCUUUCACAGAUCGUCUGGAUGCCCAGUUUGCCAUGCGUUUUGAAGACUACGGCGGCGAUGUAGGUUCUACGGUCGAUCCUAAGCUGGCACUGCGCUUCCAGGCAACGGAUUCGCUUGCUAUCCGCGCUUCUGUAUCCAGCACGUUCCGUGGCCCACCACAGCCUUUCCUUGAAGGUCGUGGUACGUCACUGCAGUUUGUCGGUCCAACCAACGCGUUCAAAGCCAUUGAUACGUUAGGUAACCCGGACCUGGAUCCUGAAAAAGCAAUCACCACUAACAUUGGUUUCAUCUUUGACCAAGGUAGUUUCUACGGAUCGUUAGACUACUGGCGCUUCGACUUUGAAGACCCCUUCCAGAUUGAAAGCUUCAAUGCAAUCCUGGGUGCUUAUAGUGCCAAUGGUUGUGGUACUGGCGGUGCCGGUGAUGGUUCCGCUGACUGCAGUCAAUUGGAGUCGCAUAUCAUCUUCCAGGAAGGUGCUGACAGAAACGUGGCCAAUUUGGCCCGUAUGGAAGUGAACUGGAUCAAUGGCACCGACAUCACCACCUCCGGUAUCGACUGGAUGGCUCAAUACGAUUUCGAAAUGAACAACGGCACGCUAACUGUGGGUACACAAGGUACGUAUACCCUUGAAUACGACGUUGAUGAUUUCUUCGAAAUUGGUGGUGUAUUUCUAACGCCUGGCGGUGACUUUGCCGGUGAGUUGAAUGACAACCGUAAUUCACUGACCCCUGUGGUCGACCUGCAAGGCAACAUCUUUGUCAAGUAUGUCGCCGGUCGUCAUCGUGCCCAGAUUGUGGGUCGAUACUGGGGUGAAUACGAAGACGAGAGCGCGAUUGCUUCGCUGCAGACUAUCGACGACAUGUUCACCGUCGACUUCACUUACAACUUGAGCCUGAUGGAAGAUCAGUUGAACCUCGAUCUGUCUGUCUACAACUUGUUUGAUGAAGAUCCACCUCAAGCACAAACUGACUUGAACUACGAUGCCUAUACGCAUAAUGCGUUCGGCCGCAUGAUCAAAGUUGGUUUUACCUAUACCUUCGGCGCUGACUACUAA